AUGCGCACCACAAUUAUUAUUUUUGGAAUUCUCUAUCUAUGGAUAGCUUUCAGGCUAUCCCACAAUGAAGCAAUUGAAUUUAAAUUCACGAAUGUAAUUUGUCAGAGCUACAAUGAGUCUUGGUUUGUUAUACACAAAUGUCGGCUAAAAGCUGUAAACCGAACUGUUAAUACAAUGAAUGUGAACAGUACAGUUUUACAUCCAGCCAACCACAUUGGAAUACAAGUCCAAAUGUUAAAAAAAGCGAAUGGAUACAAGCCUUGGCUAUUUAACUUCCAUCUUGAUGUCUGCCGAUUUGUGAAGACACAGUAUAAUCCUUUCGCAAAAAUUGUUUUCAAUCUGUUUAAGGAAUUUACCAACUUUAAUCACUCGUGUCCUUAUAUGGGUCCUCAAAUAAUCGAUGGAUUUUACCUAAGAUGGACGUUUCUGCCGCAUACUAUCCCAUCUGGCGAUUACUUAUUAUCGCUUAUAUGGUUUUUUGAUAAACGACCACAAUUUAUAACUAAAAUAUAUUUUAUUUAUAUGGAAGACUUGUAA